AUGGCAGGUUUCACCGAGACACCCAGUUGGCCUUCGCUGUCGUGUGAGCAAUCCAGCGCGGCCGCUGUGUCGGUCUCGUACUCACCUUUUGUAGUAGAAAUGUCGUACUAUACCAUUGCUAUCCAGGCGUAUAGCAUGACAAGGUAUGUUGUUGAGAAUUUGAGGCUGGACUCGGCGGUGGUUGGAACUGCAAUGACGUACUGGCACAUAUUUGUGUCUGUGCAUGGUUUGAAGAAGGUUGAUGAGAUUGUUCUUAGUGCUGCGUGUACUUUUUUGGCGAGCAAGGUAGAGCACCACAAGGUGCGGCUGAGCGAUAUCGUUGCCCUUGUUUUCGAGGUAGACCCUGUCGGAGGUGUGAUGGAGUCUUGGCGUGAUGUGGUUGGUCAAGCAGAGUUGCUCCUGUGCUACACGCUGAAGUUUAAUUUUCAGGUCAUACAUCCUGUCAAUCGUAUUAACGAGUUAGUUUUUGAUGGUAACAAAGCUGUUUUGGAGUGUGCACAACGCCUUUUUCUUCUGUCGUUUGUAACCCCUUUGUGCACGAGAGCUUCGGCCGAGGAAAUUGUAGAGGCCCUCGUGUAUUUGGCGGCAGAUGGGGCAGAACGCCUGGAGGUUUAUGCGAAUGGCUUUAACAUCACUUCGUCUGAGCGGCGUGAUGGCAUUAUCAGUGUUAUGCUUGACGCCCUUGUUGCCAUGCGUAAGACCACCAAGUUACCCAAAAUAGAUAAUGUGAUCUCUGCGCGACGUAAAAGACUUCGUGAACAGGAGUCCACUAGGCCGUCGGUUGCCUGCUCUAGUGUUGGAACGGCAAGUACGGAUAAUACACCUUGUGCACCAUCGGUGGAGUGA